AUGGCUCCAAAAUCCGAUAGCGCUGAAGCGAUUGUGUUGAACUUCGUGAACGAGCAAAAUAGGCCACUGAAUACGCAAAACGUAGCGGAUGCAUUGCAAAAGUUCAACCUGAAGAAGACCGCGAUUCAGAAAGCUUUGGACAAUCUUGCUGAUGGAGGGAAAAUUUCAUUCAAGGAAUAUGGUAAGCAGAAGAUAUACAUUGCUCGGCAAGAUCAAUUUGAAAUUCCCAAUAAUGAAGAGCUCGCUCAGAUGAAGGAACAGAAUGCCAGUCUGCAAAAGCAGCUUGAAGAUCAGAAGAAGGCUAUUAGUGACGUCGAAGCAGAAAUUAAAUCGUUGCAAUCAAAUUUAACACUGGAACAGAUCUGUGAAAAAGAAGUGGACCUGAGAAUGGAGGUUCAAGAAUUGGAGACUAAGUUGAACAAGUUACGCGGAGGUGUUACUUUGGUGAAGCCAGAAGAAUGUGAGUUAGUUGAGAAAAUAUUGUCAGAGAAAAUAAGUCAGUGGAGGAAGCGCAAAAGAAUGUUCAGGGAUUUAUGGGACACCCUCACUGAGAACUCACCUAAGGAUCCCAAAGAAUUUAAGGAAGAGCUUGGAAUAGAAUAUGAUGAAGAUGUUGAAGUUAGUUUGCAGUCAUACGACCUGAUCCCUCAAGGUAAGAAGCGGCCAAGGGGACAGUGA